GGGCGCGGCGCGGCGCGGCGCAGCGGCGCGGGAGGUAGAAUUUGCUCUGGAGAGUGGUAAACCAGAGGCAACCUCAGGCAACAGGCACCUGGGACCAUGGCCUCCGACCUAGACUUCUCACCUCCUGAGGUGCCUGAACCCACUUUCCUGGAGAACCUACUACGGUAUGGACUCUUCCUGGGGGCCAUCUUCCAGCUCAUCUGUGUACUGGCCAUCAUUGUCCCCCUUCCCAAGUCCCAUGAGGCGGAGGCAGAACCAUCUGAGCCCAGAAGUGCUGAGGUGACAAGAAAGCCCAAGGCUACUGCUCCUUCAGCGAAUAAGAGGCCCAAGAAGGAGACCAAGAAGAAGCGGUAGAAGAGGAGCCUGCAGAGCCCGGCAGGCGAGCAAGGGCCUUGGGACAGCCCUCUUGGGACUCAGCGUUCUCUCCCUCGAUCUGUCCCAGGCUCAGGGUCUGAGUGGCUGGAACGCCCUCUGACCACAGAGAUGUGGACAGUCACGACAGUGCGUAGGCCCCAGCCGGGCAGGCUACCACUUCCUCUUCCUUCUGCUUCCAUGGCAGUUUAGAGCCAAGGAGACUGAAAUGCCAUUUAAGCAGAGACUAACUUAAUAGGUGCAGAUGUCAAGUCAGCUCACAGAGUUACAUUUUUUUACUUAAUCAUCAUAUCCAGCCUCAGUCACCCCCUCCACCCGCCCGGUGGGUUUACACUACAUUUUAGAGUCAUUAUCUAAGAUUGCCAGGCACCGCCCUCUCCCCUUCUUUGUGUACAACUCGUCUCCUCCUAAAUAGUCACCAUUGUCUCUGCUUGUGCAGAUGGAACCAGGCCAGGCCUCACCUGUUUGUUUAGGUCAAGAUAUCAUGGCCAAUGCUAUGUUAGUGAUCCCACUAAUGCCACAGCCAGGUCUGGCAGGGGCCUGGUGUGAGCCAGUGGAAGGCCUGGGCCAGGGCCAGGGCAAUGCUUACUUCUCUUCCAACUGAUGGAAGGGAUUUGGCUGAAUGAGUGCAUGUUCCUUGGGUCCAAACUUCCCAAGCAUCCGAAAUGGGGAGUUUGCCAUCUCAAACCAACCUCUUCCCCACCUAUUAUAGCACAGUCAAGGUGUGCCUUCGGCUUUCAUAUGUUACCCUCCCCCUGCAAUUCUUUCGUCCUCUGACCUGAGGAAAAGUUAUUUGGGGAAGUAAAUGUAAAUAAAUGGCCCAUAUGUUGUAACUCCAAUGUUGUCUCCUGUGUGAUGAUGAGGAACUCUGCCCUUUGGGCCCAAAGAAGUAG